UGUGCAAGAGAAAGAGGAAGUAUGGGAUGGUGUAUUUGGAAGACUAACGUCUUUUGAUUGUUACUAUUUUUAAUUUGACUUUUCAUUCAUGUGCAUCUGACUUUUUUAUACUUUUUUGUCUGACACAUUUUUAAUUUGUGAUCAAGUUGCUAAUGCCCAUAACAGCUGUGUGAUAAAGACCAAAAAUAACGUGUUUUCUGUCCUACAGCUUCACAGGAAAUCAAGCAGCCUUCGCUUGCGUCUCUUUUAAGAAGUGGCAUUACUCUGUGGGAGGGUAAAUAACAGACAGCUUUCACAGCUUUAGUUAGUUUCAGUGUCAGUGAUAAGUCACUGUCCUUUGCCCCACAAAAGAGCGAAUGAGAGACAAUCUGAAUCAAGGUGUGUAUUUGCUAUAGAGCCAUGGCGUACAGUGGGAGCUUCAGUAUCAACAUUUGUGACAUGGACUCUGACUAUGAGAACACAAGAGAAGAUGAGCCAGGUGAGGACUCUUUCAGGCUCUUUACAGAGCCAGCAGUUUGUGUCCAGAGGUAUCCCCAAGCCAUAGAGAUGGAUGUAUUUGCAGAAAACUCAGACAGUGAGUCAACUAGUAGCAGUGAAAUGUCAGAAAUAGUUAUCAGAGGGAAACGCAGCUCUCUGCAGAGACAAAACUGGUCAGCUGCUACACUGAAAGUGCUCUCCUCAAUGCCAAGUCGCACAGCUGGGCUACAUACUUAUGCAGGCAUUUCUGUGCGAGCCAGACGCUCACCUCUGCCACCUCCAGCCCAGAUCUCCCCCCAUGACUCCUGCCAUACUUCCAGAUUCCAGGCAGAGGUGGAGGAAAUGAGUACUGAAGGAUUUGCUGAAAAUGAUAAGGAGCACUUAGUGUCAGAACUCCGGGGCCUUUCAAUGAAUGAGGGCCUACGUAAGCUGAGAGCAAUGCCGCUUAGCCUGGCAGACAAGAAGGAAAUCAGACAUCUUGUCUACAGUUCUGUGUCUGAAAGUUCACGCAACAGAAAUUGCCAGUGCAACUGUUACCUCUGCGUAUACAUUUCAAAGACUUGGAGUCACUGCACAUUCAGCUGCUUCCCAGUCCUCAGCUCUGUCAAGCUGUGGUAUUCACCCCUGAAGAGGCUGAGCGGACGUUAUGGAACUGGAGUACUCUCCUAUUUCCUAUUUCUCCGCACCCUCCUGUUCUUGAAUCUCCUCCUCUUUGUUAUCAAUGGCCUGUUUCUGAUCUUCCCCCAAGCUAUUUACCCUCCUCCUCCUCCUCCUCCUCCUUCUCCUGAGUUGCACCUCAACACUUUUACUGGCCUUGAACUUCUCACAGGCAAGGGUUACUUUUCUCAGAGCUUGAUGUUUUAUGGUUACUACUCAAAUGCCACCAUUAAAACCUGUCAGGCUGAUCAUUUGAAAUCAACUGAUGGUCAAAUCUGCAGCAGUGAUGAGUCACAAAUGGUGCCGUACAGCAUACCUGUAGCCUAUUUAUCCACCAUCGCCAUUGCCUUUUUCAUUAUCUGCAUCAUCCUGGUGUACAGCAUGUCCAAGUCCUUUGGGCAAAGUUUUCGUGUCCUCAAGUCUAACGAGAAUCUGGCUGAAAAGGUUUUCUGCACCUGGGACUUUAAAGUCAGCAAGAAAUCUUCUGUCAGACUUCACAGUGAGAAAAUCAGCACUCAGCUUAAAGAACAGCUGUCUGAGAUGAUCAGUGGAGAGGAGGAAAAGAGCUGCAUGCAAAGAUUCUGCUGCAUUAUCGUCAAUGGGAUAGCAUGGUUAAUAUGUCUGACGAGUAUCUUACUUGGUGCGACAGGAGUUCACAUGCUUUCAGAAGAGACCAUCAAACCCAGUUCUGAGGAGUUGAAACUGCCGGUGCUGGGUGCAAUGGUGUCGGGGUUCAAUGUUUUACUCCCUGGUGUCUUCAACUUGUGUACUUGGAUAGAGAGUAGCGACUCACCUGCAACACGCGUGUAUGUCUCCAUCUUCAGGAAUCUGUUGUUGAAGGUCAGUCUUAUUGGAGUGCUGUGUUACCGCUGGCUGGGGAGAAUUGCAGAGCAACAAGAAAAUUCACAUUUUCAGUGUUGGGAGAAUUUUGUGGGCCAAGAACUUUAUCAGCUACUCCUGAUGGACUUCAUCGUCACAGUGCUUUACACGCUUUUGGGGGAAUUUUUAUGGAGGCUGAUAUCUAAGAACAUAUUGAAAAGGAACAGGAAGCCAGUGUUUGAUAUUGCUCAUAAUGUGCUAGAGCUGAUAUACGGACAAACUCUGACUUGGCUUGGUGUAUUGUUUGCUCCACUGCUGCCUGCAGUUCAAAUUAUAAAGCUGUUCGUGUUGUUUUACAUGAAGAAGUUUAGCUUGAUGCUCAACUGUCAGGCAUCCAAAAAGCCCUGGAGGGCCACUCAGAUGUCAACACUGUUCAUCACUCUUCUGUGGUUUCCUUCAUUUCUUGGUGCUGCUGUCUCUGUCACGUAUACAAUUUGGAUGAUUAAACCCUCGUCAUCAUGUGGUCCUUUCAGGAAUCUAACUAGAAUGUAUGAGUCAGGGCAGCUGUGGGCCAAGGAGCUGAAGAAAUCUCAUACAUUUCUGCAGUGGCUCACCCAAGCCUAUGACUCCCUGAUAGAAAACCCACUCUUUUUAUUCUUGGCCACUGGAGUCCUUCUACUGGUGAUCUAUUUUCACACACAAGUUGUUGAUGGCCAAAGGAAAAUCGUUGUGCGGUUAGAAAAGCAAAUAGAAAAUGAGGGCAAAGAUAAAAAGUUCCUCAUCACGCAACUGCAAUAUCUUUACACUCAGAAUGAUUUGACUUCUCCUCAGAGAUAAGGUAGAAAGAUCUUAUCGCAUCAAACAUGCCAGAUGGAAUCUCAUCACACGCAGAAGUGUCUAGAAUGAAAGCAAAAGAAAUUGAUUGGUUACUUUGAAUUUCUCUGAGCCUUUUAUCAUUUGGCAGUGGACCUGACUCUAUAAUAAAAAAAAAAAAAUGUUCAUUAGUAGUUAAGUGUCAAAGGUAUUUGCAUUUGCUUUUUCACAAUUCUUGUAUAGUUUGUAAACUAUGUUCUUAAAUAUGUUGAAUUAAAAGAAAAUAUAAUAAAUCUCUCUGAACACAUGCUGUGUAUUUGAAAUGAGGAAACCUGACUGGGAACAU